AUGGAUGGGAGUGUCCUCAAGUGUUAUGUUGGAAUCGGCGGGAAAAAGUUGUUGCCACGGGACCUUGCUUCUAUUUUUCUUUUCUUUUCUUUGGUUAAUUGCUUGUUUCUUUUUUCUUUGCUUGCUUAUUUUUUCUUUAUUUUUUUCUUAUUCUCUUCUUUCUCACUUUCUUUCUUUACCUAUUUCAGUUUUCCUUUUUCUUUUUGUUCAAUUUGCUUGUUUCUUUUGUUCGUUGUCUGCUUUUUCUUUCUUUCUUUCUUUCAUUUUUUUCUUUCUUUCUUUCUUUCUUUCUUUCUUUUCUCUGUGUACUACUGUUUUCGUUUUCUUUGUCGUGUUAUGUUUACUUUCUUUCCACCUUUUCUGCUUCUUUUUCCUUUUCGUUUUCCUUUUAAUUGCUGGCUUCUUUUUUUCUUAUUCGUUUUAUGCUUUCUUUCUUUCUUUCUUUCUUUCUUAAUUACCUGCUUCUUUUUUCUCUUUCUCUUUCUUUCCUCUUUUUCAAUAAAUUUAUUCUUUCCUUUUUACUGUUCCCAUAGACUGCUCUCUCUUUCUUUCUUUAUUAUUUAUUCAAAUAUUCUUUCUUUCUUUCUUUCUUUCUUUCUUUCUUUCUUUCUUUCUUUACCCAUUUGCCUCUGUGUAUCCCGCCAUGUUUCCCGAUGUCUGUUUGUUUCAUUCAAAAUUCUUCUUUGGAAAAAUCAUCACAAAAACACGAAAGGAGUCUCUUCAUUAUCUAUCUAUCUAUCUAUCCCAUCUUAUUCUAGACAGAUCUAUCUAUCUAUCUAUCUAUCUAUCUAUCUAUCUAUCUAUCUAUCCCAUCUUAUUCUAGACAGAUCUAUCUAUCUAUCUAUCUAUCUAUCUAUCUAUCUAUCUAUCUAUCUAUCUAUCUCGGUCUACGUGUGUAAAGGAACUUUUGCGAUACUAAUUUUCUCUGACAUUCGUCAAACAUUGCUCAACGACGAAGCUUCUUACUUAUUAGUUUUUUUUUCUUGUUUCAUUCUUUCUUUCUUUGUUUUCGUUGUCUUCUGCCUUACCUUCAUAAAUAUGACGUCUUUCUUUCUUUCUUUCUUUCUUUCUUUCUUUCUUUCUUUCUUUCUUUUCGUUGUCUUCUUCUUAACCUUCCUUAAUAUGGCGUCUUUCUUUCUUUUCUCCUUUCUUUCUUUCUUUUUUUUCUUUCUUUCUUUCUUUUAA